AUGCUCAACUGGUGGCUAGGACGGCCAGAUGGUGCCGAGCGUGUUGCAGGCACAGAUCCCGAUACAGAAGCUCCAGAGACUCCAGCCCCGGUGUUUGCUGCUCGCGCACUCAAAAGUGCCUUUUUUGGUACCCCUGGCCUCCCUCAAGACGAUACUCUCUAUGGAAUGGGACAAGAGGACGAUUCACCAACUGAAAAAGAUAGUCGACUGCCACAAUAUCUUUCGGAUUCUCCAACAAAGCCACCAGGAAUUUUGAUGACCCCUGGAACUGCGACGACUCGAAGAAAAACUGUGUCUUUUGGGUCAGAUGUUGAUGACAAUGAAGGAAAGGACAGGCCCCAAAAGAUUGUUGGCAGGGCAGCAACACCGGGAAAAGCCCUUGCUCCAAGGUCCUUUCAGACAGAAGAACUAUCACAGCCAAACAGAAAGACUUCGCUUUUGAAGACACUAGAAGAUUCUCGUGGAUCAGACAGCGCAGUCAAAAGGCGCAACCAACUUGCCACGGCCUCUUCGAUAUUGCCAAACCCAUCUUUGACCAAAGAAAAGGAAAAGGAAAAGGAUAUAGUGAGGUCAAAUAAUACAAGGGAAUUGAGGCAGCCGCGAUCGAAAGGUGUAGAGUUGGCGAAAGAAGUUACGUCCGUGAUUGAUAAUGAUGCUGACGUUACGGUUGAUAUUAAUGAUCCCCGAUCCCACUCCGGGAAAUUUUGGAAAUCCGAAUUCCAGAAGUACCACGAUGAGGCCCAGACUCAAAUGAAGAGGCUGGUAGAGUAUAAACAGCUCGCAAAGUCCUUUGCCAAGAAAAAAGAUGCAGAAGCUCUCGACCUUGCAGAAAAACUGAAAGAAGAGCAAGUUAAAUUCGCUGCGAUGGAAAACAACAUCACCGAGCUGAUGUCGCAGAUUACAGCAGAAGGGAAAGUAAGCGGCGGUACGUCCCCUGAGCUUAAGAAAGAAUCUGAACGUCAGACUGCUUUGGCUUUGCAACAUCGAGUUCAGGUGGAAGAGUUUCGCAAAGCCAUGGAAGGAGACGGAAGUCCUGCAGCAGCCGUUCCAAGGACUGAAUCGAAAAACAUGAACAACGAAUGCAGAGGCACAACCUCCCUUCAGAAUGAAUUAGAUCAAGCCCUACAAGCAUUAGCCACCGCCGACAGAACUGUUUCUAAGCUUCAAGGAGAAAACAAUAAGCUUUCACAAGAUUUAAUUCAAUCCAAUUUGCGAUUCGAGAAGCGACUAAAGCUUGUUGACGAACAACGUCACAAAAAGGAUGAACGCCUUCAGGCUCUUCAAAAAGACUACGACCACAUCAAGCAAACGGCAAAGAAUUCAAGGCGUGACGCAGAGCACCUUCUGAGAAAGCGCCAUGAUCAGGUAGUGGAAUUGAAGAAAGAGAUUGCAUCCUUGAAGAGUGAGCACUCAACUGUCCAGGACUUACGUCAGGCUCUUGACAAUAAGUCCAUCGAACAUGAUACAAUGGUCGAUAGAUACGAGAAGGAGAUUGUCAAAUUGAGAGAAUCACUGCGGGGGUCUGCCCAUGUGGACGGAACAGAGUUGGGCUUCGAUAUGUUACGAACCAGAAGCCACCCGACCGAGAAAUCACAUGAUUAUACAAGUAGCAUACCGGUCUUGAGUCAUUCUAUUGCACGCCCGUCCAAAACAGUGGCCUCAUCUAAGCCUACACAUUUUGAGGCACCUUUUCAGAACACGCAACGAUCAUCACAUGCGGCCUUGUCUGAGAUUACUAACGUUGCAACGACGGAACUUUUCGCCUUUCAAAAAUCAAAGAAAGUUAAUCAUACUCCUCUCGCCAACCGUUUUGCCGACAUCCCUCUCGGUUCACAAAAGGUUGAGUUAGAAGCUGAAGACCCAUCCCUGCCUCUCCACCGCACACGAAAUAGCCACGAGAGGUGCCUAGCCAGUCCCAGACCAAAGAUUUUCAACAUUCCCUCCAGUCCUCCUAAAGCUACAGUAUCUCGAUCUCGGGCUGUUGAUCCGUUGAAAUCAAAUAGCGAACGUGCGGUACCCCGUCCGACCACAAUUGCUUCGAGCCGAAGGUCCAGUCCAUCAAAGUGUGCCUUGCCUCCUGAUAGGGUUGCAGCUGCCAAAGCAAGGUUGGCACAAAAGCAUGCCGAUAAGAAGAGAGCCCAGGCAUUAGGGGCAGACGGCAUUCGAUAA